GGGAGGGUUCCUUCACUCAGCAAAUCCAUGUCCACUGUGGGGAAGAGGAAAAUGGCGCUCGGGCCAAGCAGGUGGUGAGGCAGACCAGCAGAGUGGCCCAGGACGGGGAGGUCGUCACCCUGUGAGCUCAGGUCUCAGCCGAGUAACGAGCUCUGAAGACUUCCGGAGGCAGGUGCCCCCCGCCCGCCCCGGGACCCGAGGGGCAGGGCCUGGCAGAGAAAAGGCCCUGAGCUUCGUUGGCUCGUGUGGUCGCACAGGGGCGACGUCGCGGUGGACAGGGCCACGCGGGCCGGCUCGGCCUCCCAGGGAGAAACCACUGAAGGAAAAGGGAGCCGGCACCAUCGAAGGUGCAGUAAGUGUCGGGAUUCCCGGCUGUCCCCUCUGGGUGCCCACGGAGAAGUUGAUUGAGGACAGCGUGAGCACCGAGGAUGCUUGGUCCGCACCAUCUGGUGCGUUGCAUCUUGGGAGUUGAAGUUUUCUAGGGCUGCAGGCAGAGCCGCAGCUCUGGGCGCGCGGCUAUUGGGUGACUUCUGGGGCGCGCACCGCCCCCUGCCUUUGCACACGGCCCCCUCCGCCUCUCAACGACGCGUCAGGGCGCCGGCAAUUGGCGGGGGGGGCGGAACCCAGGCGCGCGGCCGCCCGCGGAUUGGCCGGGCCCGCGCAUGCACUUAGGCGGCGGCGGACGGACAUCGGGGGCAGUGCUAAGAUGUCGACGGCGGCGGUACCGGAGCUGAAGCAGAUCAGCCGCGAGGAGGCGAUGCGCCUGGGGCCGGGCUGGAGCCACUCGUGCCACGCCAUGCUGUACGCCGCCAACCCGGGGCAGCUCUUCGGCCGCAUCCCCAUGCGCUUCUCGGUGCUGAUGCAGAUGCGCUUCGACGGGCUGCUGGGCUUCCCCGGGGGCUUCGUGGACCGGCGCUUCUGGUCGCUGGAGGACGGCCUGAACCGCGUGCUGGGCCUGGGCUUGGGCUGCCUGCGCCUCACCGAGGCCGACUACCUGAGCUCGCACCUGACCGAGGGCCCGCACCGCGUCGUGGCGCACCUGUACGCGCGGCAGCUGACGCUGGAGCAGCUGCACGCCGUGGAGAUCAGCGCGGUGCAUUCGCGCGACCACGGUCUGGAGGUGGGGCCGCUGCCCGGGCCCCGCCCCCGCCCCGCCCCGGGCUUGGCUCUGGCCCCGCGGAAGGCGCCGAUGGGUGCUGGGCCUCGUGCGGGUCCCGCUGUACACCCAGAAAGACCGAGUCGGGGGCUUUCCCAACUUCCUGAGCAAUGCUUUCAUCAGCACCGCCAAGUACCAGCUCCUCUUCGCCCUCAAGGUGCUCAACAUGAUGCCCGAGGAGAAGCUGGCUGAGGCCUUGGCUGCGGCCACAGAGAAGCAGAAGAAAGCCCUGGAAAAGCUGCUCCCAGCUUCCUCCUGAGGUGGUUCCUGUGCCAGCUGUCUGUCGUCUUUCCUGGGCUGUAUCUCUGCCCAUGGGCCAAGGAGACUUGGCCCUGGAAUUCCUAUGGAAGUGUGUCUUCUAGUGUGUAUCUGUGUUGCACACCGCUUCUGACUGCAGGGGGCUAGUGGGCAUCUUAUCUCCACUGUCCCCAGCAGUCACUGGGCAGUGGCCGGGCCGUUGGGACCCAGCCCGCCCACUCAGGUUGGUCAGUGGGCGGCCUGGGCCUGGCUCUUCAGGCUCAGGACAUUUUCUCCUACCCCAAGGCUCAGACCCUCUUCUGUUCAAGUCUCCUCAUGGACUGGGGGAAGCCCCAGCUAUCUCCUGGUUUUCCAAGGGGUAGGUGCACAGCUCAGACCGUUUAGGAGGUGAUUGUUUUGGUGGAGAACACCUCUGUCUCAAUCCUCCCUCCUUCCCCUGAGCCAGCCCCAGAGCCUGUAGAAGAGCCAGCUUGGGGUAGAAUGUUAUACUGUUUUGGUUGUUGCGGGGUUUUGUUAGCUUUUCUCAUUCAUGGUGUGUGAACUUGGAUGAAGCUUCAAAUUGGCUUUACUUCACCGUGGCUUGGUUCCCAAGGAUAGUUUUGGGGGCCCAGCUAUGUAUGGAGUUGUUGAAGGAGAAAAAGACAAGUCACUUUUCAGCCAUUGUGUGUUGUUUGGUCUGGAUUGGAGGCCCUGGGCUGGGCCUGGGAAGGUGCCUCCUCCCUUACUACCAAGACCCUAAAGGCAGGUAGGUGCUGGUUUCCUUCUCCUAGACACGGAAGCUGGGCCCAAGAGGGGCUCUGGGUCCCCAGGCGCUGGGCACUGUGUGGAGUGGAGUCAGCUUGGGCCUUCUGUCCCAGGUGGUGCAUAGGGAGGAGCUGCCCCGGCCACAGUGUCCAUCUCCCUUUGUUUUUACUGGGACACUAGCAGCCUGACCUCUGGUGGCUUCUGUGCCGAGACCGUCAAUGUCAGGCUCCCUUUCCUGAUCCUGGUGGCUCUCGCUGCACCUGGGCUGAGCCUGCUGCUCUUACCUUUGCUUUGAAAACCUGCCUUUCUCCAUUCUCAGCAGUCUGCAAGCAGCUCCAGGGGAUGGUCUGGAAGCACAGGCUUAGUGUGCAGAGUGACAACAGCAGAGCCACUACGGGACAGGAAGGCCACCACUGGCGGUCUCCUACAGCCCCAUAUCUGGAAAACUCCAGUGGUGCGAUUGGAAAAUCUCCACAGCCCAUGCGUGGCCUGGUAAGGAAGGCGGUGCUCCCUACUUCACUUUGGAGCACGAUAGGAGAGCCUCCCGUGGGGAAGGCAUUUGCUGUGUAAAUAAAUCACCCGUACCUGGCUCA